AUGGGAUCCCGGGGACAGGAAGAAACUAAAAAAUUAAGAGAAAAUUUAGAAAGUCAAUUAGAAAGAUUAAUUCAACAACUUGCUGAUAUUGAAGAAGUUAAAAAUGAAAUGGAUCAAAGUGAAUAUAACGAUAUAAAAGAAGAAACACUCGAACAAUUGAAAGAAUUUAACGAAAGGUUGUCUAAAAUGAUAUCGGGAAAUAUGACAUUAGUCGACCAGUUAGGGUUAAUGCAACUUGCGACACAAGCUGCUAUAAGUGAAGCAUUUAGUACUCCUGAAGUUAUUAGAAUGUUUAGUAGAAGAGAACCGAAACAAUUGAGACAAAGACUUUUCGAAAUAGAAAGAGACUUUAAAUUAGGACAAAUAAGUGAACAACAGUUUAACAAAUGCAAAAAAGAAUUUUUAACAGCAUUAAAACAAUUAAAUGAAAAUUUAAACGAUGAAGAAAUCAAAUUUCUUAACGGAAAUAAAUCAGUUAGUAAUAAUGCACUUUUUGAAAAAGUCACAGAAGAAUCUGAUAAAGUUGAAGCUGUAGUUAAACAAGUAGCAAAAGAAGCUCUUUAUUCGGAAAAAACAAUCGCUCAUGUUCCCGGAUGA